CUUUAGCCUCAUAGGUCCAAACCAUAGCUUCAGAGUUCAAACUAACCUACAUCAUUCACUUUUCAACUCUCAUGUAACGCCAUGUUGUGAAUGCCAAAUCCAGCAACAUAAUCCCAAAAAUGACUGUGGUCGAAACCAUAGAGGUUCUGUCCCCAGUACUCCAAGGAUCAUCCUCUUCCUUUCUUAGCACUGGCACCAUCAUUGCACUCACCGGCUUCUUCGCGCUUCUCUGCGCUUGCAUCGUUAUCGGUCAUCUCCUGGAAGAGAACCUCUGGGCCAACGAAUCCAUCAUCUCCCUUGUUCUGGGGUUGUGCUCUGGAUUGGUGGUGUUGCUGGUGACCAAGUUCGAGAAUUCGCACAUAUUAACCUUUAGUGAGGAUUUGUUCUUCCUUUAUUUGCUUCCCCCAAUCAUUUUCAAUGCUGGUUUUCAGGUCAAGAAAAAGCAAUUUUUCAAGAAUUUCACCACAAUAUUUUUGUUUGGAGUAUUUGGUACAAUGAUUUCAUUCUGCAUUAUAUCACUAGGUGCUUAUUUUCUAUUUAAAAGAGUUGGUGUGGCAAACCUGAAUAUUCAAGAUUACCUAGCCAUUGGUGCCAUAUUGUCGGCAACUGAUUCAGUUUGCACACUGCAGGUUCUCAGUCAAGAUGAAACACCAUUACUUUACAGUAUUGUAUUCGGUGAGGGAGUGGUGAAUGAUGCCACCUCUAUUGUGCUUUUCAAUGCAGUCCAAACACUUAACUUCAGCGAUAUUGAUAUUCUUACAGCAUUAAAGUUGUUGGGAACCUUCCUUUACCUCUUCUUCACCAGUACUGCUCUUGGUAUAGCAGCUGGUCUUAUCAGUGCUUUUAUCAUUAAGACACUUUACUUUGGAAGGCAUUCCACAGAUCGUGAAGUUGCACUCAUGAUGCUUAUGGCUUAUUUGUCAUACAUGUUGGCUGAGCUGUUCAAUCUAAGUGGGAUUCUGACAAUAUUCUUCUGUGGCAUUGUCAUGUCUCACUACACAUGGCACAACGUUACAGAAAGUUCAAGGAUAACGACCAAGCAUGCAUUUGCAACAAUUUCGUUUAUUGCAGAAACUUUUCUAUUUCUGUAUGUUGGUAUGGAUGCCUUGGACAUUGAAAAAUGGAAAGAAAGCAAAGCAAGUGCAGGAACUUCGCUUGCUGUCAGUUCAACACUGCUUGCAUUAGUGUUGGUUGGAAGAGCAGCAUUCGUGUUCCCUAUUGCCAAUAUUACAAAUUUAAUGAAAAAGAGAGAAAAUACAAAGAUUGAGUUUCGACAACAGUUCAUAAUAUGGUGGGCAGGCCUAAUGAGAGGUGCAGUGACUAUUGCCUUGUCCUAUAAUCAGUUUGCGAGUUCUGACGACACAUCAAUGCAAGAUAGUGCACUAAUGAUCACCUGCACUAUAAUUGUUGUUUUAUUCAGUACUGUGGUGUUUGGUUCCAUAACAAAGCCACUGAUAGGAGCAGUGCUGUUACGUCAUGCAAAGCCUACAAUCUCAGAUGCAACUGAUCUUCCAAGUCAAGAAGACUUGAACAUAUUGUUCCUUGAAAGUGGAGAUUCAAGUGAGCAAACCAACAAUCCACCCACUCGCAAGAACAGCUUAAGGUUGCUAAUAUCAAACCCCACUUACACUGUUCAUUAUUGGUGGAGAAAGUUUGAUGACAAGUGCAUGAGACCAGUAUUUGGAGGACGGGGUUUUGUUCCAUUUGUUCCUAGUUCCCCUACUGGUGCGAGGGAUGAAACUUCUUGAAUUCAAAUGUUGACCGUAUAAUUUUUUAUUCGUUGUCAUCUUGCAGUACAAUAAAAUGUAUAAUGAACCUGCAAGAUGUAAAUAAGCUGGAUGAUGUAUAUUUUUAGAGAGCUCUCUCUUCUUUUUUUCC